AGUCACGCGAAAAAGGCCGCCAUUGCCUCUCUCAGGUUUCUCUCUGAUUACGUCUAGCUUGGCAGCAACAGACACGAACAAGAAUUAUUCAAGAUGUCUACUCCAAUAGCGAAACCACAACUUCGUGGUCUUCUCAUGGUACAAAUUAAAAAGAGUCUUAUAGGAAUGAUGGUAGUUAGCAUCAGUGCAGGGCUGGCAUAUAAGAUUCUUGUUGCCGAUAAGAGAAAACAGAGAUAUAUUGAAUUUUACAAAACCUACGAUGCAGAGAAACAGCUAAAGAUAAUGAAUGAGGCUGGUCUCAUGCAGUCUUACAUCCCCCAAAAGAAGUAAAUUUAUGUGAUAGGAAAAUAGCUUUU